CGCAGGUAGAGCUCAGCACCGCCGGGAUGGGGCGGCCCGGGGCCCGCAGCCUCGUGCUGCUCACCGCCUGCCUGGGGCUGUGCGGGCCGCGCGGGGCGCUUGGAGCGUCUUUUUACGGCGAGAGCUACGUGGCGCUCAGCAUCACUGAAGCCUCUUCUGAGCUGUCGCUCCAAUUAAGAUUUCAGACUAGCAAGCCGCGAGGCCUGCUUUUUCUUGCAGCUGGGAAAAGCGACUAUUGCCUGAUACAACUUCUGUCAGGAAUACUGCAGGUGAAAAUGAAUGUGGGUGCCGGCGAGGAAAUCCUCCUUUCUGAGCAAAGACUUCAUGUAGACAAUUUGGUUUGGCACUCGGUGGUACUGUACUAUGGCAAGGGUAACGUGUCCUUGGUCGUUGACAGGCUUUACCAGACAGCUGGCCAACUGGCUGGUGAGACACAUAGCUUCACCUUUCACCAUGGAAUCUUUGUUGGAGGUCGUGGGGGACUCAGUGUCCCUUACCUGGACAGAAAGACCCCCAACUUCCGAGGAUGCAUGAAGGGCGUGGUGUUUAACCAGAGGGAGAUCCUGGCAUCCCUUAGGCCUUACCCUGGUUUUAAGAAGGUUUACGAGGUGUCACUAGGAUGUGACGAUGCGUUUUUUGCUGGGAAAGAUGAGGCCAUUAGCUUUUUCAGCUCUAGGUCCUAUGUCACCUUCCCAGGAUGGAAGGUCCACGCGGAAGGGAUACUGAGAUUUGCUGUGCAAACAGGAACCCCGCAAGCCUUGCUUCUAUUUCAGCUUGGUAGAGGAAGUGAUUUUGUUGCCUUGGAAAUCCGCGAGGGCCUACUGAAGGCUCACUUAGCGAGGGGCGGAACAAAAACUCAGCUUUCAUCAUUCAUCUCGGUUAGCGACAACAAGUGGCAUGCUGUUCAAGUCAGAGUCACAGGGAGGCAUCUGGACCUCGUGGUAGAUGAACAAGGCAUAAGGGCGGCACUGCCUCUGCAGAGCCAAGGGUUCACCUCUGAAGGCCCCCUGUUCGUGGGAGGCCUCGAUGACCAGAUGUGGAAAACAGUGCGGGAGUUAGCACUCGUGUCUGGGCCUGGGAAAUCUACGCGAGGCAUCUCUCUGAAAGGAUGCCUGAGAGCCUUGGAAGUCAACUCGGAAGACAGAGCCUUGAAGGAUGCGCUUGUUUCCAAAGACAUCUCUGCUGGGUGCAGCGGUGAGGCUACGCAUGGCACAAGCCUUUCUGUGACCGCGGAAGACCUGGUCCAGCCGGAGCCGUCCCCUUCCGCUGCAGUUCCCACCGCCGGUUCCUGUCUGGCAAAUCAAAGUGGCAGUUUUUUGGUUUUGAAUAAGUUGGAAGUACGAGAAGGUGGGCGAGCCUUGCUGGGACAAAGGCAUAUACAAGUGAACGUGGACUUUAUGGAUCUGGGCAUCAAUGGCUCUCAGAUACUGUUUAAAAUACAGGAAAUGCCAACCCACGGCUUCCUUCAAGUAGAUGUUUGGCCUGCACGGGAAAUGGCGAGGACUUUCACCAUGCUAGAUUUGAGACGUAAGAACGUGUGGUAUGUCCACGACGGUUCAGAAGAACCUACAGAUUCUUUUACAUUUUGGGUCUUCUUCAGUAGCAACCAGGCAGUGCCAUCCCAGCUGCAGGGUUCCGUCCCAUGGGUCUUGAGUAUCAUUGUCCUUCCCGUGAACGACCCCCCAUACCUUAAGCUCCCAGGGGGACCCUUGCUCCUCUUUGAGAACACUAAGCAACGCCUGACCCCCAGUGUGAUACAGCCGUUAGACCCUGACACAGAUUCUCGGCAUCUCAGCUUUUCGGUUUUUAGCAACUUCAACUCAGAUGCUGGCUUUUUGGAAAGUGCCAAGGACCCUGGGCGAGCCAUCAGUGUUUUCACACACGCGGAUUUACAAGACGGCCACAUUUUCUACGUGCACCGGGGUCGCCGAAACGCUCGGAUUGUUCUGAGAGCAACUGAUGGUGAGCUGGUUAGCAAUACUGUGGUGUUACGGGUGAUGGCUGUUCCCUGGGACUUUGAAGUGGCUGAUGGGACUGGUGUGGUGGUGCCACAAGGAGGUUGCGCUCUCAUCACUCAGAGCGGUUUAUCCGUGAAGGCGAGUGGUGGGCCGCAGGAGGUGGACACUCGCUAUGAGAUCACUCGUCCACCUCGGUUUGGGCAAAUUCAGCAUCAGGGAUCCAACGGGGAGUGGAAACAAGUUAGUGCCUUUUCUCAGCGUUCUGUUGACCUGAAUCGAAUCCGAUACUGUAGUUCAUCCAAAGAACUACAGCGUGAAAACGUGACAGAUCACUUCAAGUUUAAAGUUAGCAUAGAGGGAAGAGUAAGCAAGGAGUUCCUGUUCCCUGUGACUGUGCAGUGGCUAAAAUUGACACUUCUGAAAAAUACUCCCCUAGAGAUUAGCAACGCGAAUAAGAAAGUACUGGGACCUGGUCAUCUGCAGGCUGCAACAGGGAGUGGGGACGGAGCCGAGCAGGAUAUACAUUUCAAAUUACUGCUUCCACCUAAGAAAGGGAAACUGCUACUCGGCAAUAAAGUUCUUAAAACAAGUUCGAUUUUCAGUCAAAAAAACAUUACAGACUCUAAGGUAAGCUAUGAGCCUCAGGGGAGGCCCGGGGAAGACUCACAGGAUACGUUUAGCUUUUCAAUUGUUGUAAAACACGUAGAAUCAAGAGAUUAUCUCUUCAAGAUAAACCUUAAAGCAGAUAAGACACAGACGCGUUUCAUUUUAACGAACACUGGGUUGUUUGUAAAAGAAGGAGAGCGGACAGUCAUUACAAAAUCAGAAUUAUUUGUUCAAACAUUGGACAAUCAUGUCUUCCAGUACAAAGUCACCAAGGGUCCUCACCAUGGGGCACUGAAGUUGGCCAGCUCUUCCACUUCUCUGGGAAGUGACACUAGCAUCGCUGGAUUUACAGAUGAAGACCUAGUGCAUGGAAGGCUGAUAUUUGUCCAUGAUGAUUCUGAGACCCGGUGUGAUGAAUUCUUUGUCUUGGCCUCUGCCAUGGCUCUGGGCCAGCAGGGAGGGGUCAGGAGCCUUGACCCCGAGCACACGUCCACAGAGAUCAAAGUCAGCGUUUCGGUUGAGUUGAAGAAUGAUGAGAAGCCGGUGCGUGUGGUGGAGAAGGUCUUUCACGUCGCGCGGGACAGUCAGCGCUUACUCACACUGGCAGACCUCCGUUACCAUGACCCUGACGUAGACUUCGAUGACGGCCAGUUGCUGUACACUCGGCGCGGCAUACCAAAUGGAGAGUUGGUGAAAGCAGGUGAGCCAACUCAGAAGCUCUACCAGUUCAGACAAAAGGACCUACAGGAAGGGCGUGUGCUCUUCCGGCACCACGGUGGUCCAGACUCUGCUCGGUUCCUGCUGUUUGUGACCGAUGGCGUCCAUUACACGUCAUCCCUUCUCGAAGUCAGCAUCUCAGAGCCCUACCUCCACAUAGUCAACAACACAGGGCUGCUUGUGCACAGGGGGAUGGACGGCUGCCUCACAGCAGCCAACCUGAGCGUCACCACAAACCAAGAUGUCAGAACAGACCAUGAGUUUGAAUUCCGCAUCGUGCAACCCCCAAGACACGGCAAACUCCUGGUCAACCACUCCGUGUUUCACUCAUUUUCCCAGCAUGACCUGAGGCAGGGACACGUGAUUUACAGGCACAAUGGUGACGGCAACUUCGAUAUGUUUAACCUGACAGUGAAUGUUAAAGACACCUACUUGGAUGUGAGCGUCUGUGUUCAGGUGUCCUUGGAAGGUCACCAACACUACACUCAGAUUCUGCACAGCAGGAGCCUUAUAGUUGAGGAAGGGGAGACAGUAAAACUGAGUAGAGGAAGGCUCCAGGCUGGGCAUGAAGAAGACAUUCCUUCAGAGGCAGUGUUCAUCGUCAGAACCCCACCAAGGCACGGGUACCUCCAAAAAUCCACAGCAGAGGACAUCAACGUGGACGCAGAUGGGAAGUGCCCCCUGACCUUCACCCAGCAGAAUCUCGACGAGGGCCGUGUCCUUUACGUACAGACAGCUCCCGGCCAGCAAAAGGACCGCUUCACCCUAGACGUGAUGAAGGACGCCUGGGUUGUCGGGAGAGUGGAGAUGCUUUUGGACAUCAUCCCGAAGUGGAUACCCCUGGAGGUGCAGAAUCUCACAGUUCAAGAAGGCGGCUCGAAAGCCCUUCUGCCGGCCCACCUCCAAAUCCCAGGCGAGCAUUUUGAGAGUCUUGACUGUGAAUUUGUUCUCCUCGAACCACCGAAGCAUGGCUAUGUUGAGAGUUCCAAGUUUCCCAGAGCAAAGCUAAUGAAGUUUUCCAGGAAGCAGGUGGAGCAGGAGCUGAUUCACUACGUUCAUAGUGGCAGCGAGGAGCUGCUGGACAGUCUCACCGUCUUGGCAAACAGCUCCGAGCUUGGGAAACAGAGUCGGCCUCGGACCCUUUUUGUGUUUGUUGAGUCUGUCAAUGAUGAGGCCCCAGUGAUCACAGCCAAUAGCAUCCUCCAGGUGUGGGCGAAUUCUGUGACUGAGGUGACCAGAAAUGACCUGUGUGCAGAAGAUGAGGACUCGUCCCCACAGGACUUGGUCUACUGGGUCACCCCUCCCAGCAACGGACAUCUGGCCCUCAAGUCCGUUCCUGGCAGAAGCAUCCAGAACUUCACUCAGGCUCAAAUUGAUGAGGGCCAGCUCGUGUUUGCGCACUUCGGAGUGAUGUCCGGAGGCUUUAAUUUUCAGGUUACUGACGGUUUGAAUUUUGCACCUCGACAAAUCUUUAGUGUCACUGCCCGAGCCCUGAUCAUCAGCUUAGAAGUCAACAGAGGGUUGAGCAUCUUCCCAGGUUCCACAAAGCCACUUUCAUCUCAUGACCUGAGAGCUGUGACCAAUGAUGACAAGGCAGGAAACAGAACUGUAACAUUUACAGUUGUCAGUUCCCCUCGACUGGGGAGGCUGCUGAAGAUGAACCCUGACAACCACACGGAGGACGUUUCCGUUUUUACCCAACAUCUGGUCAGUGAAGGGCUGAUACUGUACCAGCACGUGGAUCUUGAGAAGACAGGGUGGGCCUCAGAAGACUCUUUCACGUUCACAGCGUCCUCCCCUCCGGCAGCACUGGGCCCUGAGGAUUUCCGGAUUAUCAUUUCAUAUGAAAUGAAUGAGUCAGGCCGACAAACUAGGCUGCUUGCGAAUACAGGUGCCUCUCUCAAGGAGGGAGGUAAAGUCCUCAUCGACCAGUCUAAGCUAGAUGCUUCCAACCUCCUACUUCAGCUACCCCGGCCGCAGCGUUCCUCCCACGAAGUCUGGUUCCAGGUCACAGCUCUCCCUCGCCAUGGAACCAUCAUGGUCGGAGAAGGAAACAUUGCCACAGGAAAACCCAGCUUCUCCCAGCACACGGUUAAUGCAUUUGGCGUCACCUAUCUGCAUGAUGACUCUGAGUCACUGGCUGACAGUUUUACCUUUGCUGUUUGGCCAAACCCGAAGAGCAAGCCCGCCCAUAAGCCAGAGGCUGGCUUUCUGGAAGAGGCGUUCAACAUCACCAUCACCCCUGUGAACGACCAGCCUCCAGAACUGAAGACCAGAGGACUCCGGUGGACGGUCCUGCAGGGCAGUCGCUCGGUUGUGGGGCCUGAAAUCCUCAACGUAGAAGAUCCGGACAGUCCUCCAAAUGAAAUCCAGUACGUGAUCAUCCGUCAGCCCAGCAAUGGCUUCUUAGCAAUGGCUUCUGAGCCAGACACCGCUGCUCACCGCUUCACACAAGCCGACCUCAAUGACGCUCAGGUGUGGUUCAUUCAAGAUGGCGGCCCAUCUUCUGGAGUGUUUUAUUUUAGUGUGACUGACGGUGAACACCGCCCUCUCUACAAGCUCUUCCACCUGGAUGUCACCCCCAUCUCCAUCACUCUUGUGAACCUCACAGACCUGCUUCUCCCGCAAGGCCAGACAACUGUCCCUGUCACUAGUGUCCACCUUUCGGCGGUGACCAAUGGUAGGAGCCUCCGGAUCAUCUAUAGGAUAACACAAUCCCUCCAAAAUGGCCACUUGCUGAUUGAAAACCAGGUGGUCACCAGCUUUGGGCAGGAGGAUGUGGACUCUGGAAGGCUCUCUUACCACAUGACCAAUCUCACAGCCUCUGAAGAUCAGCUGUGCUUCUCAGUGUUUACGACAGAGAGCAACUUGACAGGACAGACACUGGGCAUCAGAGUGCAGCCUCUGUUGUGGGUUAUACCAAACCUGAAAGUCACCAGCGGAGCUGCUCACCGCCUGCACAGAGAGGAUCUAGAUGCAACCGAGCUUGCUGAGAGGACUAAUAGUGACCCCGCAUUUGAAGUGAUACGGCCUCCCAUGCACGGACGACUUGUUCGAAGAGCAGUUGACAGCCCUGUGGUGGAAGAGGUCACUCGGUUCACCCAGACGGACAUCAGCCAAGGGCGGCUGGUGCUUGAGCCGUUUGCUAAUCUAACAGGCACCUGUACCCUAAAUGACUCAUUCACCUUCUUGCUCAGUGCAGACCAUGUGCAACCAGCACCAGGUUAUCUGGCCUUUACCAUAGUGCCACCAGACCCCUUGCCUUCACAAACAUUUACAUCAGAUGUGCCUUUGUUCAUCACUGGAGAGAGCCCUGGGGCCUCCAUUUUCUCUCAGAAAAAACUUACGGCUUCUAUUACAACACAGACAGAAACUCCAGGGAAUCUGACCCAGAGCAGAUGGCACUGGACAGAUUCCUGGGGACAGCUCAGUAGCAAAGAACCGAACGUGGGUGGCAGUGUCCUCCCCACCAAGGACAUGUGGUCAUAUGCCGCCACCAAAGCCCUUUCUGGGGGAGCCAUGCAGCCCGGAGAGAGCGGCUACCCUCUGAUGGUCGUCAUACCCUUGGCUGCAGUGUUCUUCCUCCUGAUGGUAACUGUGGUGGCCCUGUGUGUUUGGCUGCUGAGGCAAAAGGAGGACAAACCUCUUAUCCAGCCGAAGACCAACCUCGAAUCCCCGUCGCCGUGCUGUAGAGCAGAGAGGAGUGGCGCCAUCCCCACGGUCACAGUGACACCCCUUAUUAGAAACAACGGCUGCCAUGCUACCAGCCUGUUUCAGCCCCCACUGCGUGGUCCGCCAGCCUCUCCGGGGGCGGAGCCUGCAGAGAAAUGCGCUCCUUGGGAGGCGUGGCUGAACCUGGACCCUGACAUGGCCAAGCUCUGUCGACAAACCAACCCAGCACUGAAACACAACCAGUAUUGGGUAUAAAUGAGGAACCCCAGCCCCCACCCCACCUCACCCUCGUCCUUCCUUCGCCCUCCUCUCCCCCUUCACCUCUCUCUUCUCUUUCC